GUCAGUCAGACGUGAGACGAGAGGCGCCGCCAACAGUCCCCGGCCACCAGUCCUGAUCCUGACUCUCCUCGCCUCACCGCGCCGCCUCAGUCCUGACCACCUAUAAUAUUCUUGACGCACUGUAUAGCCCUGAAGUUCUGUAUUUCUGAGCGUCUCACUGGCAUCGUCGGCUGUCGCGUCCAUUCUGCCAGUCGACGUCGCCCAGAUCUCUUCAGCUCCCCCUGUGUGGUAAGGCGUGAGUCCCGUCGCUACUCCUGUGUGGUACUCUUGGUGAGGCAAGAGUGAAAAAUGGAUGACCUGCCGUACUUAUACGACCUCUUGGCUGGGGUGUUAAUGUCGGUGUGGGCCCAGGCUGUGCACGCCGUGGGGUUGCGAGUAAAGGUCGGCCUUGGGGGUGAUGAUAGGGAUGGUUCAGGCGGCGAUGCUGGGGGCAGGGCUGGGGCGCGGCCCUCCAGGCCCGGGCUCAGGGUUGGAAUCUACAAAAUCGGAAGACCCCACCGACAUUUUAAGCUGUACAGAUAUGAGAGAAGCAAUAACCCUAAGAUGAAGGUGAGAGGAGUGUGGCCCUACUUCCCCGUGGUGACGCUGGGUCACCCCGUCCUCGACUGGUACACGCCAGACAGCCAUGACGAGUCCUUUAAUACCGUGAGCCUCGACAGUGACAGCAGUGAUGACUCCUUCAGCUCCUCGGACCUCACCAGCCUCAGGUCUUCCUCCUUAACAUCCGUCACCUCCACAGAGUCCUUCAACCCUGAUGUCAACUUCGCCCAGCUCCCCGCGGCCUCCGAGAGUGACUGUAGACCCUAGGUGGGCCAGCCUAUAAACUUAGCUGUAGCCGAGAAAAUUACAGGAGAUAAUCUGGGAUAAUACAGCUGGUGCUGAUAAAGCAAGCAUUUUACGAGGACAUUAUAGAAGAAAUAUUAGGCAAAAAAAACAUUAGGAGUUCGGAAAAAGUGCUGCCUUUACUCACCCGGCACACCAGGAGAAUAAUAUCACACUACCUUUAAGCUAUAUUUAUUUUUAAGAAGGAACGAUUUUCUAAUCACUACCAACCUUAUGGUUCUCAAUUAUCGUGCCUGUUAAAUUUAAACUUAAUUCAGUGGUGGUUUUAAUUCGCCGAAACCGUCAAGUGAAGUUCACCUUUUCGUAAAACCCAAACGAUGUUUGCUUUAACCUUACAGGUAAUAAACACUUUAUCCUCAUUAUUGUUUGUUGGAGAGAUGGAAAACUCAGUCACAGAAGCUGUCUGAAGUAAAGUCGAACGCUUUGAAGUAAAGAACACCGUUUUAGAUUACGAGGCAGUUGUAACCUCGAAAACUUAUACACCACCGUAUGGACAGUCGAAAUUUUAUUUAUUUUUAAACGAAACUAGUUGUGUUGUAUUUUUUAAAGAUUGUCAAAUAAAGAGAUUUCAUUGAA